AUGGGUCUGAUGAAGAUCCUCAGGAAGAUGAAGCAAGAAGAGAAGGAGGUUCGCCUUCUCAUGCUUGGCCUCGACAAUGCAGGCAAAACCACCAUUCUGAAGAAGUUCAAUGGUGAACCAGUGGAUACAAUCUCACCAACUCUGGGCUUCAACAUCAAGACGCUCGAGUACGAGGGCUACAAGCUCAAUAUUUGGGACAUUGGGGGACAGAAAACGAUUCGCAGCUACUGGAGGAACUACUUUGAGGCCACCGAUGGUCUCGUUUGGGUCGUUGAUUCUGCGGAUCGACAGCGCUUGGAGGACUGCAAACAGGAGCUGGACCGACUUCUUCAGGAAGAGCGCUUAGCAGGCGCAACCUUGCUGAUCUUUGCGAACAAGCAAGAUCUACCUGGAGCUCUGACAGCUCCAGAGAUUCGAGAUUUCCUCCAGCUUGAAGAGAUCAAGCGACGGCACUGGUGCAUUCUGGCCUGCUCUGCAUACACUGGCGAGGGGCUCUUGGAAGGAGUGAGAUGGCUGGUUUCUGAUAUUUCAUCACGAGUGUUCUUCCUAGACUGA